AUGAAGUUAUCAACUAGAACAUUUUCAUUAUUAUAUAUUCUUUUAUUGGUACUUAUUCUAACUAGUCAUUGUUGUUUGGCAUCAAUUGAACAGGUGGAUCAAAUACAAGAACAACAUCAACAAACCAAACAGACCGAACAAACUGAACAAACCGAACAGACCGAACAACAGAGAUUAGACAUGUCAGACAACGAAUCAAAGAAGUCAAUCGAUGACAUUAUAAAUUCAAACUUCCAGAGAUAUGUCAAUGAGAAUCCAGUGCAACAGCCUCAAAUCGCUGAUGAUGGCACUCAGCUGACUCCAGUUGGCAACAAACCCUACAAAUGCAAUCACGAUGAACUGAUCGCAAAGAAGAUUGCCAAUCAUUUCCCAAACAACAACAACAACCACAAG